AAUACUUCUGCUACAUGUUUCCGGUAACAUGAUUUGUGUAGGAACUGUAGGUAGUGUUAUAGUUUCUACACGAACACGGACCAUAUUAUGGUCAGUGACGUCAGCGUCAUAACAUAAUACGGUUACAGUACCGACGGAAGAUUCAUUAACUUAGGUUAUAGCGUGUGGUUUACUAUAGUUAGCGGGGCCAUGCUAAGCUGAUACGGGCUGAAGUAAACCGAACUAACUAAAACACGAGCGAACCAUGAACUGAAUGUAUUGCCGUAUCUGAACCCGAGGACAACAAGACACAACGACAAGGGAGUCAUGUUCAGCUUCCUUGGACUCCGGAAAGACUCAAAGAAGUCAACACCCGAGAAGGAAGCGGAUGGAGGCUUUGUUAUCAUAGGAGAGACAGUUGAGGAGCAGAGGAGGAAGAUGCAGACCAUGAUCAUCGCACAGCCGUCGACAAACGUCAUCGUGCAGCCAUAUAGGUCUUCAUGUCCGGCUCCAGCUCCCGCAGCGUUUCCUCUCACAGCCACAGCAGCAGGGACUUUGGCGGUGGAGGCCUCGGCUCUCUCGGAUCUCCUCGGGGACGUCCCUUUCACUCUGGCCCCCCAUGUCCUGGCCGCACAGGCGGGGCUCCCCCUCAUCCCCGAUGUGCUGCUGUCCCGGGACAUGAACUACAACCUGGUUAACUUUCAGUACGACUUCACUUUAGAAAACUCUGUGCUUCACAGCGCCUAGUCGGUUAGGGUUCUGGUAUCGGCAUCGGCACCGGGAGUUCACGCUCUGGGGAACUUCGUCUGAUUGUUGGAUAUUUGAGGGAUUCCUGCCCUGCAGCACACUGAACAAGUACAUGUGAUUCUGUAGCAUUAUGAACAAGUAGAAGCUUACAAGAUUAGAUGAAACAUAAAAUAAGUGGUGGAACUGCAAAACAUAACGUUUCUGUUAUUAACUCUUAUCCAUUUUCAAUGCAGUGGCAUUGAACUCCAAAGACUAAUCAUUGGAAAGGAAGCGUCGUCAUUUCACUGGCUGUACAACUGAUGACGGGGAAAACAUUGAAAGACCUGAUGUUUGACAAAGUUUGGGUAAUAAUAUUACUGCUCACCUUUGUUGUCUCUUUCAAAUAUGUUGGCUUAACCUGGUAACCUUGGUUACAACCCAUCUGAUCAUGGGCCCAGGUCAAAGGGGAUCAGGUUUUAGGCCUCAGGCCUGGGUUGGAUUCAUGUUUGGUUUUCAAAUGUUUUAGACAUUUCUCUCUCUAACUGUGCCAUUCUUCUGGGUCUGCGUGUCUUUAUUUGCGAGCAUAGGUAGAGCUUCAGGUCUCUGUAGUUGGGCUGGGUCUUGCAGACCCGGGUACGUGCCAGGUUCAGGUCUCAGUUUUACGUCCACUGACUGCUGUUUCUUGCCCCGUCACACUUUUUUUUAGCGAUGCCUCAAUUUUGCCAGAUCUCGGAUAUCAUUUUUGAGAGUGCCGGCUGUUUAUUACAGACAUGGAGGGUUGCCAGAACUACAGAAACCAGGUUCUCUCAAACUGAAAUGUCCUUUAUGUGAUUGUUAUAUUUGAUUGCACAGAAGCUUAGUACUCGGACAACAAAUAGCAUUCAUCAUGAAUGGAAAACACAGUAGCACUAUUUUUACUAACUACAGCUCUUGUGUAAUAAUUUGAUACGAUGUGAUUUAUAUACUAGACAUUAUAUAAAGCACUACCUGUAACUAAUGCUUUGACUCUUUUACAACAGUUCUUCCCUCCUAAUCUCACAUGUUUUCAUUUAGCUCCCUGAAUUUGGCCCUCCUUCUGAUCCAGCAGAAUCUUGUGCCAGCUUUUUGUUUAUUGUAUUAUUCAUUCUGUCUGCCAUGACAGCAUGUACUGUACUCUGUCUAUACCUAAGAGAUGAAGCUGUAUGAUUCAUUGUUACAUUCAAACGUUGAGGAGUGUUUAAUUGAUGCUGAAGAGUGUUGUGGUUCUCCUCCCAGUGAUUUGUGUCAUACUCUCCUCUCUGUGGCUCCGAGUUUCUAACAGAAAAAACAAUGUUUGCAUUCACAUACAGUCUGUCCUCCUUUGCUCUUUUUUAAAACCUUAUGUUACCGUCAAUAAAAGUCAAUAUUACCUUCUCUGUUAUUUCACAUUUAAUGUCUUCCCCUUCCUGGUAGGCUUUUAUUGUAAAAAAACGGCUGAGUGGAAGCGAUUGAAAAUGAUUGUAAGAAACUAUAAUGUAUGUUAAAACUCAGAGCAGCAGAGUGAUGAGUCUAGUUCAUUCUUUUUCAGCCAGGCUGUGUAAUCGACGGCCUGCUUUUGUUCUUAUUUGAGUCUCAGCCCUUACCUGAAUAUCAUUUUUAAUCUAGGAAGGUCACGUACUUGCAUAAACCAGGUAAACUUUCUUGUGUUUUCUUGCAGGUAAACGGAGGGGUUGUUGACUAGAUUGAUGUGUGCAUCCUGAUUUGAAUCAUGUUCUCGACAGAUAACUUGUUGACUCGAUUCACCUCUUCACCAGGCUUCUUUUGAGUUACUGUAAAUAUGAGCUCUUGAAGUGAACAAAGAGAAGAGGAAAUGCAUUUACAUAGAGUCACGAUUUUACCCAGGACUUUACCAAGUACUGUAUUUGUACCUCUUGAUUGUAUAUAGUCAAAUUUGGUCUCUUCAAACCUGCUGUGCCUUUUAAUAUACAGUCCUUUAGAAGCAAACACUAAGAUCUUCUCUUAGACCAUGUUACUCCUUAAGUUAAAAUUCACACCUGUCGGCAACAUAUUCAGCUGGUUGUAACUCUGGAUGGCAACUUCAUUUACAAAUACAUUUUAAGAGUUUUGUCUUUUGUGACUUUAAUUUGUGACUGUCUCUGCAUAUGAGAGAAAUGUUUUAUAAUCGAUUAUAUCACAUUCAAUAUGUAUCAUUUAAUUAUAUAUCUUAAUAAAAAAGGAUGUGUGUAUGUAUAUGAUAAAAAAAUGUACCCAGUAAUACAAGGUUGAUGUAUUUUUUGGACCUCAUACAACUUAGCGUUAUUGUAACUAGCAUGUAUUGUACUGUGUGUAUUGUAGAGGUAUGGUUUUGAGUCACAUGACUUGGACUCAAGUCAGACUCGUCAUGAAUCGGAUGACAUAGAUGUGUACCUCUGGCCUAUGCCAGACAUACAUAGUACUGGGGCGGAUCUGUGACAACAAUUGUCUGCAAAACCCUUCUCCCGGCUCUGAUGUCCAAUCAAACUUCCAUCUGCGGUGCCUGGCGUGCAGUCCCAUUUGUCAGAAGGUGCACGUCGUGUCACAAACCAUCUCUGUGGCCUUGUGUGAGCUCUGCCCAAGCUUUUCAGUAGAAGUAGAAAUUAGGCUUAAGGGUGACCUGUGGCUGUGUUUAAAAACAUCAGCAUGCAAAACAUUUACAGGGAUAACAUACUAUGGCGCACUGGAACCGUUUUCUUUUUAAACAUUUCUUUAAAGGUAAUAAAUGAAUUUACUAUAUUUGUAAAUUUCCUUAAAAAGCAAUUUGGGGAUUAGUGUCUUGCCCAAGGACACAUCGACAUGGACCGGAGAACCUGGGGAUUGCACCGCCGAUCCUCUGAUUGAAGGAUGACCCCCUCUGAACCACCUUGAUUUGAGACUUGACUUGGGUCUGCUUGUUCCUGAUACAGGAUUAGAUUUGGGACUUACCUGUAUUGAUCAAAUAAGAUAACCCUUUAUUAGUCCCACAGUGUUG